GCUUUUCCGUUUAUCACCAGUUUCGCCUGUGGUGGAAGGAAAAAAUCAGAACAGCAUUAGUCACCUUCGACGUAGUUCACUUAUCCGCCAAUUUAAUGAUCAAUCAAACUUUAAUCUAGUUGACAUCAGUCACAUUGAUUUCGUACUACUGAUUUUCUUAGUACAAUUCGUACAGGGUUCAGCAGCGGAAUACUAUUAUGAGUAAACCACUGAGAUAAACUAUAAUCGCAAGUAUCUAUUGUGUUCCGGAGACAGAAGCAACUAAUUGGAAAAGAACGGGGUGUAUUGAGUUCCUGGAAUAAUCGGGUAAUAUCUGUGCUGCUCCAACCCCCUGCCAUAGGAUUGUACAUCGACCAAGAGCAAGAUACCGCGAGGGAGGAAGGAGAGGGGGAACUGUAGGGCACCGCGUCCAUGACAAUUUCAAAUUGCUAGGUAGAGCUAGCUAGCUACCUGCUAUCUAGCUAGCUGCACAUCGACAUAAAGAAAUCCUGGAAAUGGGAUUUUUCUUACCUCCUUUAAAAAUAAGCUGACCCUCAAAUAACAAUAAAUGCAAUAUUAUCUCAACCAAUGGUUCCGUUUUCGCUAUAGUUUAUCGACGAGGACUGGAAAUUUUGCUGCAGCUUUGGACGGGCAGAAGAGAGAAGGGGGUGACAGCCGGAGAACUGGAACACAUCGCCGGCUUCCGGGGAUUCGGAGCGGCUUCAGGGAACCGCAUACGUCGCGAAAUCUGGAAAGACGAAUUUGAACACUCAAACGUAGCUCGGGAUACUUGCGAUCCAGGAAAUCGGGGAAUUCCAAAAUGUCCAGGAAAGUACAGAGAAGCGAGGUGUGCGCUGACUGUAGUGCACCAGACCCAGGGUGGAGCAGCAUUAACAGGGGGGUGCUGAUCUGUGAUGAGUGCUGCUCUGUGCACCGCAGUUUGGGCCGGCACAUCUCCGUGGUGAAGCACCUGCGCCACAGCGGCUGGCCCCCCGCGCUGCUGCAGAUGGUGCAGACCCUGGCCAGCAACGGGGCGAACUCCAUCUGGGAGCACUCCCUCCUGGACCCGGCUCAGGUGCAGAGCGGACGGAGAAAACCCAACCCACAGGACAAAGUCCACCCCACCAAGUCAGAAUUCAUACGGGCGAAGUAUCAGAUGCUGGCGUUUGUACACAAGCUUCCGUGCCGCGACGAUGACGGCGUCACCACCAAGGACCUCAGCAAGCAACUGCACUCGAGCGUUCGAACCGGCAGCCUGGAGACCUGUCUGCGGCUGCUCUCACUGGGGGCCCAGGCCAACUUCUUCCAUCCGGAGAAAGGGACCACCCCCUUGCACGUGGCGGCGAAGGCGGGGCAGGUCCUGCAGGCGGAGCUGCUGGUCGUGUACGGGGCGGAUCCUGGAGCCCCCGACAUCAACGGGCGCACGCCCCUGGACUACGCCAGACAAGCAGGGCAGGUGGAGCUAGCCGAGCGCCUGGUGGAGUGUCAGUACGAGCUGACGGACAGGCUAGCCUUCUACCUGUGCGGCCGACGCCCAGAUCACAAGAACGGCCAUUACAUCAUCCCCCAGAUGGCUGACAGAGCUCGUCCUAAGUGCCCAACACAGAGCCUUGACCUGUCAGAACUGGCCAAGGCAGCCAAGAAGAAACUCCAAGCGCUGAACAACCGUCUAUUUGAGGACCUGGCCAUGGACGUGUAUGACGAGGUGGACCGCAGAGAGAACGAUGCGGUGUGGCUGACCACUCAGAACCACAGCACCUUGGUUACGGAGCGCAGCGCUGUCCCCUUCCUGCCUGUCAACCCCGAGUACUCUGCCACGCGCAACCAGGGCCGGCAGAAGCUGGCUCGCUUCAACGCUCGGGAGUUCGCCACCCUCAUAAUCGACAUCCUGAGCGACGCCAAGAGGAGGCAGCACGGCAAGGGCCUCACCAGCCCCACCGACCCCCUGCAGCUGGGCCUGAGCAACGAUGACGACCAGCACGACUACGACAGCGUAGCUUCGGACGAGGAGUCUGACGGCGAGCUGACCACACAGAACAACAACACUCAGCGUAACAACAGAGCCAAGAGCAUGGACUCCUCCGACCUGUCGGACGGACCCAUCACCCUGCAGGAGUACCUGGAGGUGAAGAAGGCGCUGGCCGCCUCCGAGGCCAAGGUGCAGCAGCUGAUGAAGGUCAACAGCAACCUGAGCGAGGAGCUGAGACGUCUGCAGAAAGAGAUCUCGCGGAUGCAGAUGGAGAACAGUGUGUUGCGGGGGGGGCAGGCAGGGAGGUCUGGAGUGUCGGGAGGGGGUGGCGGGCCGGGGCUGGGGUCUGGCGGGGUGCGAGGAGUUGGAGCGGGAGGAGGUGGCGGAGGAGGAGGAGUUGGAGUGGGGGGGCCUGGCGGGAUGCUUUCCACAGGCCCCUCCCACAGGCGGGACAGGCAGGCCUUCUCCAUGUACGAGCCCGGCGCCGCCCCCCACAAGACCCUCUCCCCAGCUCUGGACUCCCUCGCCGGCCGCCUGCACCCCAGUGUGCAGAAGGGGGUGUCCACAGGCCUCUCCUCCUAUGGUGGCCUGCACCUCUCUGGCUCCACAGAGGUGGGGAGAUACACGACCCCGAAAGGAGAGAAGCCUGGCAGCAGCACAGACAGCGACUACGACAACACUCAGACAUAUGAGCUGUCGCUCAGUGUGAUGCGCAGCAGCGAGGAUGACAGCCGUGGAGAGCUGGAGGAGGCGGGGGGUGGAGACGGGGGGGAGCCGGACCCCACCCUGCCCUGCACAGAAGACGUCAUUCUGAAGACUGAACAGGUGACCAAGAACAUCCAGGAGCUGCUGAGGGCUGCACAGGAGUUUAAACACGACAGCUUUGUGCCCUGCUCUGAGAAGAUCCACACUGCUGUCUCUGAGAUGGCCUCCUUCCCCAAGGCUCCUGCUCUCCCUGCUCCGCCCCUCCCGAGGCGCGCUGACGCGGGCUCCGCGCCUGGCGCCAGUGCCGCAGGGGAGUGCCGCAGGCGUGCCACGGACCCGGGCGCCGCCCCCGUGGACUACCAGCUCCUCACCCAGCAGGUCAUCCAGUGCGCCUACGACAUCGCCAAGGCCGCUAAGCAACUGGUCACCAUCACAACCCGCGAGAAGAAGCAGUGAGAGGGGAGAGGGAAGGAGAGGGGAGGUGAGAGAGAGAGAGAGAGAGGGAAAGGUAGUGUAGGAGAUAAGGGAGGAGAGAGAGAGAGAGA